UCCUCAUCCAUUCAUUCAUUUACUAUCACUUUUAUUAUUUUUUAUUCAAAUAUUUAUCUCGCCUUUGACCUUUUUUAUGGAUACCAAAUAUUUCUGUGACAUCGACAAUCCAAAAUUUUGGCUUUGGGAUUGGGGACAUAACCCGUGUAUUCGCCGCGUGUUUGUUGACGCAGUUUGGCCGACUUUCUUGGCGGCCAUGGCCUGGUUGCUAUUCUCAUCAUCCCUAGGCCCCAGUGCUCUGCCCACGCUUCGCAGAAGCAGGGUUAGCGGAAGAGACAACCGUGUUUGGAUCGGACCAGCGGUUGUCAUUUUGGUAUUCGUUCAAGCGGCAGUUCAGGCAGUGACUGUUUACAGCCAGACCAUCGCUAGCAGCUCGAGCUGGCCUGUGCUUGUAUCCGGCAGUUUUCUUCUGACUAUCCACGCAAUCGUUAUUUGGGUGACAAUCAGACAGUGGCAGCAGUACACCCGCCAUGGCGGUGACGCCUAUUUUGGUCUGUUCAGCCCGCCAAUUAUUGCAUUUACCGGCGGGUGCAUCGCAGCUGGCAUGGCCGAGUUUUAUGCCAUGUUCCUGGUUCAAUCCCAGUGGGCAACGCCUAUCUGGGGCGGUGGUGCUCCAAAAGAGGCACCCGCCCUGCUGGCCAAGCUAAGCAUUAGCAGCGCGACUGCAUUUUUGCUUCUUGUUGUGCGGAAGCUUCCUAGCUCUGCGCCGGCCAUUUCAUUGCCAGAAACUCCCGACGAGACUGCACCACAAACCCCCACGUCAGCAAUUAGAAAUCAGCAGCAUAAACCGCAGCGGGUGCUUUCCAAAACAACUUUGUUUCAGCAACAAUCGCCGGAGCUCGGCAGCUCAAUUUUGGACAGUGCCAUGUUUAACUGGAUAAACCCAUUUAUACAGCUCAGCCAACUGCGCCAGCCGGAGCUUGAUGACUUGUUUGCUCCACCCAAAAAGUACACCAUGUCAGCCAGCUGGCAAAGGUUUUGCUCUGGCCGUCGCCAAGGUUCAAGUUUGGGGAUGAACUUGGCACGGACAUUUUGGCCAGAGAUUUUAACCCAACUUCUACUGAACCCGAUUCUGGCGCUCCUCGAGUACACGCAGCCCAUCUUGAUGCAACACCUUUUGGAGUUUGUCAACGACUAUUCAAAAACACAGCACGGUUUGAGAUAUGGCUUCUUUUUGGCUACGGCGAUGUUGCUAGUAAAUCUUGUAUCAGCACAGGUGGAGCAGCAGCAGGCGUGGCAUGCGAGGUCCUUGUGCAUGUUUAUCCGCAACAUUCUGGUCACGCUGCUAACUCGCAAAACCCUGAGCCGCAGAUCCAAGAACUCGAGCGAGGCGUCUGACUGGGGAAUUGCGCCAGGAGGCGAGGAUCAAUCUGAUGGGCGCGCCUACAACAUACUGACUGCCGAUGUCGGACGCAUGACCAAGAUAAUCAUGCUGAUUGACAUUGUGGCCUUGGUUCCAUGGCAGCAAUGUAUCGGUGCCUGGUACAUGUACAAGCUUCUCGGGUCUGCCGGCGUGGCAGGUACGCUUAUGCUUAUUAUGGGCAUGUUCUUGAUGCGCCGUCUGAUUUCGCAGGCUAACCGUAUGGAGUCCGAGCUGGGCUCACUUAACGACCAGCGGCUGGCAAUAAUUAGUGAGGUUGUCCAGGGCAUAACGUCGAUAAAGCUGUUUGGGUGGGGGUCACGCUUUAUCGAAAUUAUCGGCAACAAACGGGCGGAACAUCUCGCACUGCUGUGGAGUCGCGCCAAAACCUGGUGCUGGAUCAAUUUGUGCACAAUGGGAUCGUUGCCGUUUAUAAAUUUCACCGCGUUUAUGCUUUACAGCCUGGACCAUGGUUUGGACGCAGCAACGAUUUUCACUGCCAUCGCCGUUUUCAUGAUCAUCCAACGGUCCGUCAACGCCCUUCCCGCGCAGGUGGCCGACACCAUCAGCAUGCUCGUGUCGUUUCAGCGCAUAUCGGCGUACUUGGAUCAGACCGAAAUUCAGCCUCUUGGGGAGAGGAUUGAAGAUUCCUGCGAUUCCAACAGUGUGGUCGGAUUUAAAGACGCGACCCUCUCGUGGGGAUCCACAAGCAGUUCCAGAGAAUUUUUGCUAAAGUCGCUCAAUGUUCAGUUUCCGAUAGGCAAGCUAUCUCUUAUUGGCGGAGCCACAGGCAGCGGCAAGUCAUCCAUGCUCUCAGCACUGGUCGGCGAGAUGACUGUGAUAAGCGGAAAACUUCUGGUACCAACGGACUCCACGAGUGCGGGCGCGGAUUUCGGGACAUUUGCCGGUCUGGGUCUGGCCAGCAUUGCUUACGUGGCACAGGAUCCCUGGUUAUGUAAUGCCACAAUCCGAGAAAACAUUCUUUUCGGAGAGCCCUAUGUACAAUCGCGGUACGAGCAGGUGCUUCAGGUUUGCGCGCUGCUCACAGACCUGCUGAUCCUGCCAACCGGUGACAUGUCAGAGAUUGGCGAGCGUGGAAUCACUCUUUCGGGCGGACAAAAGCAGCGUGUGGCAUUGGCUCGAGCCAUGUACUCCUCGAGCAACGUGCUUCUUAUUGACGACUGCCUGUCGGCUGUGGAUGUACACACGGGCAAGCACAUUUUGAACCAGUGCUUGCUGAGUACCACGGGGCUGAUGAACGGGAGAACAUGCGUGUUGGUCACCCACCACAUGCCAAUGUGUCUUCCAUACUGCGACUUUGUGGUGAUGCUACGGGACGGCGGGGUUGAAUAUCAGGGGCCCCCGCAGGGACUGGGCGAUUUCACGGGUCAGCUGGAUUGCCUAUUAUCGGAACUGGAUGUCGACAUCGGCGGGACAAACAGCCCCAGUAGAAGCAGCCAGAGCGACAUGCUUUCUCCAGACGACGGGUGUGCACUUUCAAAAGCAGUUUUGGACAGCAAAGAUAACAUUGUCACUGAGACGCAGACGCCGCAGACGCUGCUGUCAACACCCUCUGUUUUGAACGGCAAGCUGGCGAAGGAUGAGGUGCGUAUGCAAGGCCUGGUCAAGAUGGAAACCUGGAAAACGUACUUUGACCCCUGCGGUGGGUGGGUCUUUGUAGCUGUUUGCAUCAUCAGUAUCUUGGGCGCGCAGCUGCUCAUUAUAUAUAAGGACUACUUCUUGGCAACCCGCAUCGAUGCUGCAGAAAGCUCACCAACAUACCUGCUUGCAAUGUACCUGCUCAUUGGUUUUUUGGCGGCUCUCAGUAGCACCCUGACGCUGCUCUGGAUGUACUUGCGCAGCCUGCAAGCAUCAAUGACCUUGCACGAGCUGUUGUUGAGCUCUAUUGUCUACGCAACACCGCGGUUCCUUGAGACCACGCCCAUCGGUCGUAUAAUGACGCGUUUCACCAAGGACAUGCAGAUUAUUGAUGAAGAUAUCAUCGAGAUCUUAAACUAUUUCUUACGGUCUUUGGUUUCAAUGUUGCUGACGCUGGUAGUCAUUUCGAUGUCGGUGCCCCCAUUUAUUUUCGUCGGCGUAGCCAUCAUGGCGGUCUAUACCCGGCUGUCAUGGCAGUUUAUGCAGGGUCAGCGCGAAUGCAAGAGACUGGAGGCAACCAGCUACGCGCCAAUGCUGUCCCUGUACAGCGAGAUAAUCCCAGGCUGCGAGACGAUCCGCGGCUUUGGCAUGCAGCAGGCGUACAUGGUUGAGAUGGAGAGGCGUUUUACCGAGUUCCUCAGCGCCGACAUGAUACUGCGAGUAGUCCGGCGGUGGCUAGGUAUUCGCAUGGGCGUGGCCAGCUCGCUGGUAUCUUUCUUCACGUCUGUCUUUAUACUCUUGAGCAUCGAUCAAUUUAGCAGCGGAUUGACUGGAUUCACACUUAUUUACGCAGUCCGAUUCUGGACAGAGUCAGCAUCCGUCGUGCGCAAGUAUAGCAGUCUAGAGUUGUCGGUUAACUGUGUCGAGAGAGCGCACCAGUACAUGUCAAUUGAGCGCGAAGCUGCCCCGAAAACAGUGUCUGAAUUGCACAGGAGGCUGCUGAGUGAAGGAUGGCCGCAGACGGGUGACCUAGUUGUCAAUGGCUUAGUGGUCGGGUACACGGCGGACCGCGCAGUGCUGCAUGGUAUUACUUUUCACGCGCAGCAUGGAGAGAAAAUUGGCAUUGUUGGCCGCACUGGUGCCGGCAAAAGCACCAUGUCACUGGCACUCCUGCGCUUUGUCGAGACGACCCUUGGCACCAUUGAGCUCGAUGGUGUAGACAUUUCGCAGCUGGGGCUAGAGGAUCUGCGCCAAAAAGUCACGAUAAUUCCGCAAGACCCGGUCCUGUUCAACGGCACUAUUAGAUUCAACUUGGACCCUUUUGGCGACCACACAGACAGCGAACUUGUGGAUGCCCUGCGGCGCACGCUGCUCUUGCGACCUGCCAGCACUGCGGCAUUCGACUCGCUGGACGACUACAUUUAUAGCAACGGACAGAGUCUUUCACUUGGACAGCGGCAGCUGGUGGCACUGACGCGGGCACUUGUCCGCCGCUCACGCCUGAUCAUUAUCGAUGAGGCCACUGCAUCAGUUGACUUUGCCACUGACAACUACAUCCAGCGCAUCAUCCGUAGUUCUACAUUUGCUGAGUCCACACUGCUGUGUAUCGCGCAUCGUCUGCGCACAAUUAUUGACUACGACCGCGUGCUGGUCAUGGAUGCUGGCAAGGUAGUUGAGUUUGAUACGCCGCAGAACCUGCUGCAGACGAAAAACAGCGUGUUCAGAAGAAUGUGUGUGGACAGUGGGGAGCUGGCACACCUGGAAGCAGUUGCCAACGGCCGGGUGUAGUUUUUUUUGGAAAAUUUUGAAUGAUUUUAUAAAGUUGUUUGACCAAGA